AGGCGAUGAGCCACAACGACGACCCUACCAACGACAAGUACAUAAGGGAGAUCUUGAACCUCAUGUCUCACUCGCGCGGCUACAUCCACGCGUGUGUCACCGCCGUGUCCAAGCAAUUGGGUAAGACACGUGACUGGAUUGUGGCACUCAAGGCGUUGAUGUUCGUGCACAGGCUCAUGAACGAGGGUCCUCCGCUCUUCCAAGAGGAGAUCCUCUAUGCCACUCGCUGAUUUAAAAAAAAAUACUAAAAGGAGAUCCUCUAUUCCUAUUCUAUUAUUUUCAACACAAUUUUUUAAAGUUUAUGUAUCUUUCCUUUUUACAUUUUUUUUGGGUGAUUUAUUGUUGCUUAACUUGCACAGUUAGGAAUCCAGCUUGCUUUUAUAGUUGCAAAGAGCAGUGAAGACACUACAGAACACAACACAAACACAGAGAGAAAGAGAGUGAAUAAAUCCAACAUUGUUCUGUUCUCUGCAACAUUCUUCACUCUCAACCAUGGCUUCAAAGCUUUUACUCAUAACUGUCUUCGUUUUUGAUUUGAUUGCUUUUGGACUUGCCGUGGCUGCUGAGCAAAGAAAAAGCAUUUUGGCAAGUCGAUGCUUCUGUUGCGGGAAGCCUCUUAACCCUGGAGGCUCAAGGGCCUGUGCAGUUGUUCUUUUCAUAAUAUGUGGUACAUGGGUGUUUUUCAUCAUAGCAGAGGUGUGCUUGUUGGCUGGAUCAGUGGAAAAUGCCUAUCACACCAAGUACAUGACAAUCUUCGGGGAGGGAGAAAGUUAACAUUUCUCCUUUCAAAUCCUUCAUAACAAUACAAGGAGAAGGUGCAGAUAAGACCAUUGUUCAAUGGGGUGACACUGCUCAAAGUCAGCCAUUAGGAACCUAUGGUUCUGCAACUUUUGCUGUGAAUUCACCUUAUUUCAUAGCCAAGAACAUCACAUU